ACUUCUCAUGGUUUAACUGCUGCAAUUUUUCAUGCUUACAACAAUCAUCAACAUUUACUCUUAACUCCUGAUGAUAUUUGGUUAACUAUAGCACAAGGAGUAAGUCAACAUAUUAAUUAUAAUGCAGAAAAAUUUCGUUAUCGUUUUGUUAAUCAUGAAGGUAAAAAAGAGAUUGGUGUUGUUAUUGAUGGAAUUUUGUUUCAAAAUAAUUCACGCCUUGAGGGAAAUUGGCCUGAAGUAGUAAAUAUGUUAGUUGUGAAAACUGAUCAAGCUGUAGAAAAAAUUGAUGUAAAAUCUCUUUUAGAAUGUGAUUUUUCUACAACAACGAAAAAUUCUCUUACUGCUAGUCGAAUCGUUCUUUUAGAUAUGCUUAAAGAAUAUUUUUCGUUUAAAUGUUAUGCUACUUGUGGAAUUCCUAAAGUUACUCUUGAAGGUACUUUAGAAGAUUGGUUAAAAUUACAAGAGAAAGUCGUUCAAUUACGUCAAUUAGACUUAGAUAUGGAUUUUUGGUUGGAUAGGUUGGACCCUGUUGUAUGGAAAUUGGUUGAAACCUAUAAAGGCAAUGUUGAUGAAGAAUUUUGGUCAAAAAUAAUUUCAAAACAAAGUUUUUUUUCUGGCCCAAGUAUUAUUACGGGAUGGGUGACGGCUCUUUAUCCAUAUAAAAUAGAUGGAACAAAAUUA